UAACUACGCAGAUAAUCGGAAAGGUAUUGGAGUGAAAAGUGUGUAACUAAGCUUGUUCCAUGAUCAUGAAAGCUUUGUAGUUUUUAUUUAUAUCACUCGUACAUCUCACGAUUAUGGCUAAUUGUAACGGUUAUAGGUCUACCUCGAAUUCUGAAAGUGAAAAUGAUGUAUAUUAUUUAGCUGCUGAUUAUCUAAAAUUCCAUUUGAGUCGCAAAGGGCUGGAAUGUUCGUUAUGUCCUGAUAGUGAUAGGCUUACCAUGAGAAUAGGCGAGAAGGUUCGUAUGAAAAUUCGUUCGCUCGGCGAGGAUAUGGAUAAACAAUUUUGCGAGCAAUUUGCUGAAAUACGUAGCAAGUUGGAUAUUACACAGUCUUCAUUACAAACGGCUUUUUUUGGAGUGAUUAAUGAGCUUUUUAGUGAGGGGAUUAAAUGGUCAAAUAUUAUUACCCUCUUCGUAUUUUCUGGUGAGAUGGCAGUAAAUUGUAUUGAAAAAGGAUGGCAUCAUCAUGUGAAUAACAUAGCUUGGUGGCUCACCACAUACAUAUGUGACAAUCUCCUAGGGUGGGUUGAUGAUCAUGGUGGCUGGGAUGGACUGGUUGAAUAUGCAGAGAAUAGAGAAGAGCAAAAAAGUGACUCCUCCUGGCCAGUUUUUAAGAAGAUUUGUGGAGUAGCUGCUGGUAUUGGAGCUUUGACCCUUGGAGCUAUCCUUGCAUCCAAAUCAUAAAAUGCAAUGUACAAACAGAACAGAACAGAAACUGUAUGUAUAAGUGUGCUUUCCUUAUUCACCUAGAAGCACGCUUUCAAUUCUACAGUAGCUGUUUAUAGUGUAACAACUUCAAGUAUUGAAAAAUGUGUACUUUGCUAUCUGGGAAGCUUGAUCCUCCACAUGGACUAAUCCAUUUGAAACUGCAUUGGUGGCCUAAAAUAAUAGACUUGUUUGUGUGGUUAGUGCAAGAGGAAUCCUGUAAAACUAUCUGAGACAAUGGACUGGCUAAAGAAUUGAAGGAGGAGAACUUUAGAACUUUCUUUCCUCUGAUAUGAAAAUUGAAGAAUCUCUAAAACUGCUUACUCAAGGUUUUUCUUUAGUUCUUGAGCUUAAUCGAUUUUGUGGAAUACCUAGUAGUGUAUCUAAUUUCUGUAAAAAUUGUUGUUUCAGUCGAACUUUACGCAGAGUAGAUAUAGUAGAUUUGUGGACAUUAAUGAACUGCAACUACUCAUUAAAUGAAAAGUGGACAACAUUUUGGCUUCUAUACUGAGGUCUUCUUAGGAAAAAGCCUCAGUACAGAAGCCAAAACGUUGUCCCCCUUUCAUUCAAUGAGCGGUUGUUAUCAGUUAAAGUCCUCAAACCUGUAAAAAAAAAAGUGUUUUAAGUAUUAGGUAAGUCUACCUUCUUUGAAAGAUAAUUCCAUGUGCUUAUAGUAAAAGCUCUGAUUGUAGUUUAAGAUAUGUGCUUUUUAUUAGGAGGUUCUUUUAAUGAUACAUAUAAUUGGAAUAAAUAAACUUUGUUUCAAUGUAACCUUUCACAGUGUUUGAAAAUUCCUAGUCACAAACAACUGAUUUUGAGUUGAUGUUCCUUUCAAAUCUGGAAAUUUACUUUUCUUGUACCUGUCAUAAAUAUGUACCUAAAGCUAGGAUAACAAUUUGAAUAUUACAUAAAUAUAUUUGAAAGAUGAA